GGCGUGUUUGCAAGCCAAUUCUCUCUUUAAUUGGUUAGUCAAACAUAAUAAACGAAGAAAUGCGGGAAUCUAACUACAGCACUCAAGUUUCGCUAAGCUUAUCGGUCUUUUCCAUUAUACUAUUUGUAAUCGCGUUUUUAACGCCCUAUUGGUUGGUUACAGACGGUCAUUUAAAUAAUCCGCGAUUUAUACAUCUAGGCCUGUGGGAAGUUUGUUUUAACAACUUCCAGGACAUACAUCGAUUUUACGACAAUCGUUUUACCGGAUGCUUGUGGGUCUUUGAAGAGGAAUAUUAUAUUAUACACGACUUCCUCUUGCCCGAUUUCUACAUACUGGUUCAACUUUUAGCCACGCUUUGCUUUGUUAUGUGCAUCAUUGUCGUACCACUCACUGCAACACUUCUUCGCACUUUACGAGAUGAUGACCGAUACAUUGGUCUGCUCCUGGCAAUUGGAUCAUGCCAUAUUGUGGGCUCAGUUUUUGGAUUUAUUGCAGUUAUAAUAUUUGGGGCCAAGGGAGAUUCUCGCGAUUGGAUGCCUGGCUGGCAAAACAAUGACAUGGGCUGGUCUUUUGCUUUGGGCGUGGUUGGUGCUGUGCUGCUAAUGCCCGCUGGUAUACUUUACAUGGUAGAGGCACGGCGAGAGAGAUACAAGCGGCUUAAUGAAAUCGUUAAUAGGGAGGUCAAUGAACACGAAGAUGACUAUUUUCAGGACCACGGACCUAUCGCUUCGACACAAUGCCCAUCUAAUUUUACAUCUGAGCCGCCAAGUCGUCCACGCCGACCUCAGAAACCUGGAGCUUCGAAUUUUCCAAUACGAGGAGGAAUUCAAACAGAUAUAUAGCAUAAAGAUUCUAAAAUAUGCAUUGCUGCUUUGUCCGUCCAUUUACAAGAUAAUUAAUUAAAUAUUUUUGUUAGAUACCGUAUUAAUUUUAUAAAAUUGGCAGCUUAUCUAUAAUAAAGGUGUCCAAAUUUAA